UCCUAUUACACGGUACGGGGGAAAUUGAACGGACGCCAUAAGGACUGUCGAGUAUGUCGCGAUGGGUUUCGUAACUCUCAUAGAGGAAUAUUAUUUCCGAGUUACGUUUAUGAAUAAUAAGAAAUUCUCCAGUUUCAUGUAGCUUAAAUUUCUUCUAUGAUUACAUAUGCGUGCGUCAAUGUUGUUAUUUACCUGCGUGGAUUGUAAGCAAGGGGACAAGCUAGAGUUCUCGCAGAAAAUUUAAUGUGGCGAUAGAGGCUAUAACGGCACUGAAAACGCUUUGAGAGAACGGUAAAUAAGACACGUGUCAUCGAACACAUGGAUGAAAAUCUGAAUUGGGGCUAUGAGGAAAAAUAUUCAACUAAUAGAAGCGGUAACUUUGACAUUCAAGAACGCCGUGUUUUCCUAUAGAAAGAAAUACUUCGCUUAGUGAUCGGUGGGGACAUAUUAUUUUAUUGAUUGAUUUCGCUCAACUAUUUAUGAGACAAAUAUGUGGUAGUGCAGUGCUUUAUUGCUAAUACAAAUGGUUAUUGAUUGUGUUCUGAGAAUUUACAUUACGUAAUCAAACUAGCUUUAGUGGUAAUAUUGUCAUAUUUUAGUUGAUCUAACAAAUACAUUACAUACGUAUAGUCUUAAUGUAACAAUAAUACAAAAAUUGUGUCUUAACUAGGAAUUUAUGUAACUUAGCUCGUAAACUGUAAUUGUGCGAAGAGUGGGAAAAGAAACUACACUGUGAUAAACUUGGAAUUUCGGUGAAAUGGCACCCGUUUUGGCUCAUCACGUGCGUCAACUACUCCUGUUGUUAGCCGGUUUCAUAGAUGCUGUCAAGGCGGGCUCGUUCUGUUACUACAUCCACGAGGACUACUACGACUGGCGGCAGACUUACUGUGAGAGCGGAUGUUGCCGGCAGCAUGGCGACGAAGACGAGAUCUGCUGCUUCUCGUGGACUAUAGGGAUCAUUAUGGGGAUUGCUUUCGCGUGCGUCGGCUUCAUAGCAGUGAUCGCCUUCCUGGUCGUCUGCUGUCACCAAAUGAAGAAGCGGGGCCGGAUAGGGAGCACCCUCCAACAGGCGGUGGGCGUCCAUCAGGCUCCCGCGUAUCCCCAGAACAACACCGUGGUGUUUGCGAUUAGUAUUCGAUAA